UUUCUCGUUUUGUGUUUUGCCUUGCCUAGUUUAUUCCCGUUUGCCGAUCGCCUGACCUAUUGCCUGUUUUUAACCACGCUAAUGUCUCGCAUCCGUCCUAACCUCCAUUACGUGAUUUAUGUGACAGAAUACUUCGCUGCACUAUGGAUGCAGCAGGAGACCGAGGAGAGUGUCAUGCCAGCAUACAUAGGAAUGUCUGGCUACCAUUCAUGUCAGUCCAGCUCCCCCAGUGGACGGGCAUAGAUCUCCUGCACCCGAAUUAUGGGCUGGGCGGCUACCCAAGGCAGUUCACGUUCCACUGCCAAAUGUACUUUUCAAGCCUGGUGAGCCUCAAGCCGGACAAGAGGCAGUGGCUUGGUUUCAUUGUAUCCUGUCUUUAUGGCCCAGCCCGUGAUUGGGCGGAGCAUCUGGCCAGUACAGGGUCAAGUGCCCUCAACAAUGUAACUCAGUUUGUGGAACAAUUCAGAAAGGAUUUUGUGAGUCCAGGGCAGAGCUACAACCUUGGUCAACUUUUGAGGGGAGUUAGUGUGACGAGCAAGCCUGAUGUGUCAUUCCACACCUUUUAUGAGUGGAUCGACAGGGCCGCCUCCACAGUUCAGCUCCUGCACCAGGUGACACAGGCAUGCAAGACCAAGAGCUGCCAUAAAGAAUCCACCCUACAGUGUCCUACAUGCAGUAAACUUGGGAUCCACGGAUCAUAUUUCUGCUCCCAGAAAUUAGGGCUGCAGGAUUAUGGCCAAAAUGAUAAUCACGAUCAUUUUGAUCAAUACUGAGAUCAUAAUUAUUUAUCACAAUUAUUAAUUUAUUUUAGGGACAACAUAUUUUUAUUGCACUUUCACAUUUAAAUAAACAGACUGCUGCUUUCACCUCCAUGUUGUGCUACAUUCCUGCUAAUGUACAUAUCUUUGCAUCAAAUUAGACUGGUCCUUAAAGUGCAUCAACUCGUAGAAGCAAAAUAUAAAUAAAAUUGUACCCAAAAUAUAGGAUAAGUAAAAAUAAAAAUACCAUCAACCAAAUGAAAAUAUGCAAUCAAAUAUAACAAUAUGCAACUAAAUGAAAACAAUUCAGCCCUAUGCCGAAAAGGCAAUAAGUGUUUACAGGAGGAGAGACGCAGCCAAAUCACCCAAUAGAGUGGUGCAGGGAUGACGUCAUUGUGUACCGGAACCCGGAAGUUAGCAUCAUACUGGUUCCCUCAACAAAAACCCAAUAGGUACACAAAUUAACACAACUUUUAUGAAGUUUAAAGCCUAAAUACAAUCACCAGAAAUAAAAAGCUAACCAUAUGCUAUAAACAAACUACACCAUGGUCACCUGACUUCAACGUCACCAUCACCAAGCUUUCGACAGCUUUUCCAAACUUGAUCUAAAAACAUUUUCCAUAAUACGGAUUUACUCUGUGGAUGAAUCUUCAUCCACAUUUUUUGGGGAAUUGUGCACAGCAUAUCUAAACCAGUUUAUCUGCAAAGUUCUUUCCUGUUCGGCAUGAUAAUGUUUAAUGUCCCCGACAACGUCUGUAGUCCCAUUUAGCAACUUGUUAGCAAUCACCUUUUUCAAUACACAUAAAAGCUUUUUAAAAAAUCAUGAGUGGUGUAUUACUGGUGUACUUUAUGUUGUAAAAUAAAACGUGGAAAUAUUUUCAGCUUGUGUUCACCACAGAUCUUAUUUCAGGCUUUUAACCAAAAUCCCAUUCAAAAAAACCCAUUGACUUCGGGACGAUGGAACCGAAGUGCUAAAAUGCUAACUCGUUUCCGGGUUUUGGCAUGCAAAAUGCCGUCAUCCCUGUGCCACACUCUAUGGUGACUGGCUGUAAGUUUAGGAAGCGCUUGUUUUGAUAUGCAGCAGAGUUUUCUAUGAGAGGAAGACGAACUUUAAACGUCUAUAUCGCAGUCGAUCAUGUUCAUGUAAUCGUGGGCAGUCAAAAUCGUAAUCUAGAUCAGUAUUCAAUUAAUUGUGCAGCCCUACUGCACAUCACAGCUAUAUUCCUUGGUCUUACCCAUUGUUAUGAAUGGCUAAGAGAAUUUGGCCUGUGUGUUACCUCAUGUUUAUACCCCUGUGAAACAGGAAGUCAUGGUUGAACAAUUUCCUGUUCCUAGUCACUCAGGUGUACUAAAUUUUUUUUUUCUUGUAAAUAUAAAUGGGAAUAUACUUCAAAAAUAUUUUUCUCAUAUGAAUUCAUAGGGGUGCCAGUAAUUGUUACACACAUAUUUAACAAAUAGAUUUUUUGAUCAACCUAUGUGUUUGCAAUUCUUUGAUAGUAUAAAGAGUUUUGUGAAUUUUUUGAAUAAAAGAUCAAAUGGUUGAACAAUAGCUCUGAACAUCUACUCUUGGUUUUAGCCUUCAGUUUCACCUGUGAAGACUGCCUUUAAAAAAAGAUACACCAACAUAAUGAUCAGAGAGCUGUCUAUUGGAGAAAAGCAAGAUAUUUUUGAAGCUGAGAAAAGAGGGAAAAUCAAUCAGAGGGCUUGCACAAACACUGAACAUAGCCAAUACAACAAUUUGGAAUGUGCUGAAAAAGUAAGAAACCACUGCUGUACUGAGCAGCAGACACUGAAUGGGUCGGCCAAGGAAAACAACAACAGCUGAUGACAGAAACAUUGUGAGACCUGUGAAGUAAAACCCCCAAACAGUCAGUAACAUCACCAACAACCUCCACAGGGCAGGGGUGAAGGUAACACAAUCCAUCAUUCAAAGAAGACUUUGAAAGAAGAAAUAUAGUUGCCAUACCACAAGCUGCAAACCACUUAUCAGCAGUAAGAAUCACAAAGCCAGAUUGGAAUUUGCAAAGAAAUACAUAGAUGGGCCACAAAAGUUCUGGAACCAAGAUUAACGUCUACCAAAGUGAUGGAAAGACCAAAGUGUGGAAAAAGAAAGGAUCUGCUCAUGAUCCAAAACAUACAAACUCAGCUUGCAGCAGAAUGAAUUGAGAAGUUAGAGGGAUAUUUUGUUUGCCAAUUUGCAGAGAAAUGCAUCCAAACUUUUAUCAUGCAGCAAGACAAUGAUACAAAACACACUGCCAACUCAACAAAGGACUUCAUAAGGGGAAAAUGUGGAAGGUUUUAGAGGGGACUGUAUGUGUGGAGGCAGUCAGGUGGCGUGAAUUUAUGUGUACAUGUACAACACCAUAAGUUGUCUGCAAAUACUAGCUAUAUUUGAUGGGUAUUGCUUUUGGUUACUAUGAUUAAGGUUGGGGUUAGGGUUACUGUUAUCUACUGUAACACACAAAAUAAUAACUCCCAAAGAUUGAUUUGUGCGAGUGUGUUCUGUAUUGAACAUUAUGUGGUAGUGUGACUGUAUGACCAAAAUGUAUGUGUGUGUGUGUGUGUGUGUGUGUGUGUGUGUGUGUGUGUAUAAAUACCUCAACCUGGGUUUUUAAAAGUCUAGAAAGUUUGAACUGACUAAUGGCAAUAAUAUGUUUGUAAUAUAAAAAGCCUGUGAUAGUACAUCCAGGAAAUGUGACAGACAGUGUGAGGAUUAUAACUGGUGGAAAUAGGAAGAAAAAUACAGAAGAAAUAGAUGAGUAAAAGGUGUGAUGAAGAGUAAGAAAGAGUAAAUGAAAAAAAUACAUCUGAAAGAGAAAAUGUGACUAUUGAGGAUAGAGAGGUGUACCUGAAAGAUGGCAUCUUUGAGAGUGAUGCAGAGGCGAUUUUGUGUGUGUACCUGCGUGUAUGUGCUUGAGGGAGAGAGACAGAAAGAGAGAGACAUUUGUGGUGUGAGUGGAGGUGUUUUUGAGGUCAUCACACUGAAAUGGCACUGAAAUGGAAAGCUGUGUGGGAUCCUGUCAACGUCACCAGCUGAGGUCUUUCAGCUUACUGGAAGAUCAAUGUGUGUUCAGUGAUGAGAUCUGAAGUCAAAAUGUCCCAGUGCUGCAGCCCUUUAUUAAAGUGAGUGCAAGACACACUAAUAGACAGACACAACUUAUUUCUGUAACACCAUCCCCUUGAAUUUCUCUACAUUAUCAGCUAAUCAAAUGCACCCUGAAAAUAAUCUGACCAAUCAUGGGAAGCAAGUGACCAGUGGUGCCCAGUCACAGAUCCCCAAUGUGAAUCAGCAAGAACAGCAAGCAUCUGCAAGCAACCUACGGUCAAAGGGCACUGGGCCAGGGAACCAUGGAGUGAAAACCAGUCAGAUAUCUCCUGUGCUGAAAAGUGUGAGUGGGAUGAUGAAGACCAAAUCCAAAAGGGAGAGAAGUAUCUCUGUGGAUGCCGGAGAACAAAAAGACACACUUGCACCAGUGCUGGAGUCAGAUUCCAAAGUAGAUGGCACAAUACGCAGAAAGCGCCGGUGUGUGCUGGAGAAGAAGCAGCCUUAUAGUGGAGAUGAGUGGUGCUCAGGUGCUGAGACUGAGGAAGAGGAGGAGAAACCCUCCACCACUGCACACAAGGAACAUGUGAUGUCAUGUCCUGGCCAGUCUCUCUCAGGCGCAGUUGAGUCAGUAAGUGGGCCUGGUUUAGGAUGUGGCCUUGGUCCAGGUCUACGUUCUGACCAGCCAUCUCACACCUCCCAGCAAUUAGUGUAUGUCUUCACCACUAGCCUAGCCAACAGUGCUGCAGAGGCAGUGAUGCAUGGCCAUACAGAUUCCAUCCUCCUGUUUCACCAGCAAAACAUUCCUCGUACCAAGUUGGACCAGCAGUGCACUGGUAUUGGAAAGGUCCCCAGCCUAUCAGAGCAGCUCAGCUCUAGCAGCACCCCUCCCAUGAGCACCCCCAAAUCUCAAAGUGGUACACCUCGUCCAGCUUCUGUUGGUGGAGUUAUUGGGGGUCAUCUCACAGGUGGCAAUACUCCUUCCACAGUUCAGCCAGACAGCGAGGUAACCCAUGUCCAUCUGGGGAGCACACCCAGUCACAAUAACUGUGCAGCAUCUCAUCCAUUAGGACCUGGAGGCUCAGGGCCCCAGCGAGUGGGGGCCCCAGGUUGUGGAGUAGAUGGGUCAGGCAUUAUAAAUCACCCUAGUACAAGUGUCUCUCCCAGUGCCAAUCCAUCAAUGUUGUCUGUGCACCUUCAGGGUGAGUCCAGCCAGCAGGGAGGACAAGGGAGUAUCGAAGGACUGUCUAAAGAGCAGCUAGAGCAUCGUGAGCGUUCUUUGCAGACACUUAGGGACAUUGAGAAGCUGCUUCUGCGCAGUGGGGCUGGUGCUGGCCAUGGAGACCCAGGAGGCUCAAAUAGCAAUCCCAACAAUGGGUCAAUUAGCAACAACAAUACUGAUGGAUACCAAGGGCUUGAGGAUGAAGAAAAUAAUAGUGGGAGGGCUGGCAGCAGCUGUCUUUCUGAGGGUGUUCCCCCUAUCCGUGGAAUAAAAAAGCACGAGACUCUACAAUCUAUAAUUUCACAAACACAGAACCUCAGUGGGCCUUGUUUGGAUGACACUUCGAUAGUAAGGCACCAUACCUUGCUCCCUCAUCACCACCUGUCAUCACCUUCAGGACUAGACAUGGGGCCUGUACUAGGUCCUGAAGGACUAACACCAGAACAAAUAGCUUGGAGGAAGCUGCAGGAGGAAUACUAUCAGGAGAAGAGGCGGCAACAAGAGAUGAAUCCUCACACACACACCCAGCAUUUCCGCAUGAUGUCUGAGAUGGGAAUGCCAGGGGGGCCACACCUCAUGAUGAGAGGUCCCCCACCUCCAUAUCAUAGCAAACCUGGAGACCAGCAGUGGGGACCAGGGCCUAUAAUUGGAGGAGGGAUGGGAGGAAAUUUAAGGAUGAUGGACAUGCAUCAGGAGGGGCCCCGAGGGCCCAGGUUUCCUGGACAGAUGCAGCGAGGACCCCCAGGUGGUGGUGGAUACCCAGGAAGCCCAGGUGGAGUUUUAUCCAUGGAAGGGAUAGGGUCUCAAAGAUCUCCCAGGCCAGGAAUGGGUUGGCUGGAUGACAUGGCACCGAAUAUGGCUGGAGUAGGUUCAUUUCAUGGGUGCUAUGCUUCAGGAGGACCUGGUGGACCCUCUCAGCAAAUGCACAGUGGUAUGGACCGUCCCUUAACACGGGAGGAGAUGUUUCACAUUAUGGAGAAACGUCAGCUACAAGGUCUCCGCAGAUUAGAUCUGGAGCAGUUAUCAAGGCUGCAGCAGCAGGGUGGACUUGGAGGCCCCAGAAUGAUGGAUAACCCCAGUGGACCAGGCUUUCCUAAUCCUGGCAUGGGAGGAGGUCCUCCUUCACGCAGUGAUCCAAUGGAAUUCCCCAAUUCUCGCACUAUGAUUGGCUCUCCCAUUGGUGGUGGGGGUGGCACUUUAAUGAGAGAUAUGGUUGACUCUCCAUUAGGAGGAAACCUAAAUAUAAACAUGAACAUGAACUUGAACCUGCAUCAGCAGCAACAUAUAUUAGCCCAGAAAUUAAGAGAAGGGCCUGGGUCAGAGAUGGCAAGCCUUGAGGACAACACCCGUAUUAGGGCUGCACCAAAUGGCCGGGUUGGUGCUAACAAAGUAAUGGUCCAUGGACCAGAUGUAACUGUUCAGUUCCCCAAUCAGGGCCCUUUUCCAGGUGGACAAGGCGAUGGGCCCUACCUCCAUCAAUCAGGUCCUGACAUGUUUAGAUCCGAUCAGCAGGGCACUCCUCAAAUUGGUGGAAACUCAAGGCUUAGCCAUAUGCCUAUGAACACUGGUCAUAAAGCAGACCAUGGGCCAUGUCAUCCAUCUGACCUUCCCAUUAAUGUCAACUCAAUUGGUUCCCCAGUCAUGCCCCCACCUCACCAGCUGAAGUCACCUCCCCUUAGCCAAGAACCUUCUCCCCUCAUGACCUCUCCCUCUGCUACAGGCCUGAAAUCCCCCAACCAGGUAGCAUCCACUGGUCCACCACACCCUCCUCUUUCUUCAGUGUCUGGAGCAGGAACACCUUCUGCCACCUCCAUGAAGUCCCCUCAAAUAAUGGGAUCAUCCCUUGGACUCCGGUCACCAUCUGGUUCCCCUGGACAUCACAAAUCUCCAGCCAUGCCUGUUGCAUCUCCAAGGUGGACUGCCUCACCCAAGACUUCCCUGGCCAGCCCUGGAGGGACAUCUAAUAAUAAGGGAAUAGGUAAUGGAGGGAGCAGUUCAACUGAGACAGGUAUAUCCCUUCCUCCUAGAAGUUCGACCUCAACACCCAGCAGUCAAACUCCCAACAUGCCAUUCACCUCUUCCCCAGACGCACCUCCCUCCCAGAAUCCACUGUCACUUAUAAUGUCUCAGAUGUCCAAGUAUGCAAUGCCCACUUCCAUUCCACUCUAUCAUGAUGCCAUCAAGACAAUAGCCACUUCUGAUGAUGAGAUGCCAACAGAUCGAUUAUUGCUUCCUGGAGCCAACAUUCAAGGAAAUAUGGCUAAUCACCACUCCACGCAGAUGCUCCUGUCUUCUCAAGGUUCAAUGGGACCUCACAGUAGCCCUCAAAGCCCCACUGGAAUGGCCCUUUCAGGAAAUCAGCAGUUAUCUCUUGACCCCUCUGGACCUUUGCUGCCUUCACCUAACCCCAUUGCCAUGCCAGUAAUGAUGGGGGGUGGAGGGGGCCAUCCAGAUGGGAUUGUACCUUGUAACAUGUCCCCAAUGCAUCCUCCAAGUCAGAUGGGUGUAUUCUCGCGUAUGCAGGCCCCCCUGCACUCUCCAGUUGGAGGUAUGGGGCAGCAGUAUCCCCAUCCUUCGGAUGAUAUUCUCCCUUCCCAGCAAAUACACCAUCUUAGCAAGGGUAUGCCCAAUCAGCGCCAGCCUCACCCACCUGACUCUUUCCUAUCCAUGCCCAUAGGAGAGGGCCCGGACUUGAGUGAGGUGAUUAGGCCCACACACACAGGCAUCCCAGAAUUUGACCUGUCUCGAAUCAUUCCUGCCGACAAGCCCAGCAGUACCCUGCAGUACUUCCCCAAGAGUGAGGCAAUGUCACAGCUGCAGCAGACCCCUCACCAAGGGCAUCUACCUCAUCAGGCUCCUUCCGCACAACUCCUAAAGCAGCUUUCUUCAUCUGGCCCCCUUCAGAGCAACACACCCUCCUCUAACCCUCACAUUGCCAAUCUGCAGAACAUGAUGGCUGAGCAGCAGCCUCCCCUGCAUCCAUCACACUGUGGCUUACGCCCUGGCAUAGGGAUGACCCAGGGAGGACCCAGAAGUAUGGGCCCAGGUGGAGGUGGUGUGAUGGGGCCUGGGCCAAUAUGCCAUCCAGGUCAUCUGAUAGGUAGGACAGGUAUGCAUCAGCAACAGCAGCAACAUCACCACCAGCAGCAGGCCAUGAUGGCUAACAGCCUCUUACAUCACCAGCCCCAUAUAUCACAGGGCACGAUGACCCCACAGCAACAUCCACACAAUCUUAUAGCUCAGCAGAACAUGAUGAUGCAAGCUAAGCAGAGGGGUAUUCCAAUUCCUGGGGAGCACCUUGGCCAGCAAGGGGCUGUCUUGUCCCCUCAGGGGCCCAUGAUGGGACCCCCACACCCACAGUCAGCCAUGAUAGGAUCCCAUGGAAUCAGACAGAGGGGCUUGUCAUUGGAUAGUCCACUGGGCUAUGGACCUGGAAGCAUGGCAAACAUGCCUUUCUGAACAUUUCUCAGUAAAUCUGUAAAAAAAAAAAAUAAUAAUAAUAAUAAUAAUAAUAAAUAACUUUUCCCCUUAUGGGUUACUUCAAACCCUGACAUGCUUUUUUCAGUGUUUAUUGAUUGUGGCAAUCAGAUGCUAAUAUUAUUUGUAAUAAUGUCUUAAUUAAAACAGCCAAAUAGUGGAAAAUUGCAGUUAAGCAACAAAUUCUGAAGCCAUUUUUAAAUGUCUGUAAAGUAUUGUACAUUUGACAGAUAAAUGUGUUCAUUAUUGUGAGCAAGAAAAAAAACUCACAAAUUAGUUUCUGAUUGUUUUCUCUGGCUACCGAACUGUUGUGCAAGAAAGUAUAUAAAUAUGUUAUAUAUAAUUAUUAACUAUCUGUAUAAUUGCUGUAAAUAAGAUGCAAUUUGCUCGUUUACAAAUUUUAUGUAUAACUGUGUUUAAUAGAAGUCUAAAGGCAAACAAUAAGGAAACAAACUGUGUUUUUUUUUUUUUUUUUUGAUGAU